ACGGGGUGAGAUAGAUGGUGUGCAUUUGCGGAGCCGCAGCUGCGCGUCUGUUAAUACCAACGCGACCCUCACGUCCCCGCGCAAUUCUCAACACUGGGUUGGCUGCUUCAAGACAUGAGGAUGCAAGCGGGGAUUUAGUUUCAGUGUCUUUUACCGUCUGGAGCAGAUUAUUACCUUUCUCCCGCACACAGAAACGGAUUUAGACACACGAAACAAGGUGGACAACAUGUCAGUUCAUGCUGCAACAGCUCUGAUAGGUUGGAGGACGACCUCUGGAAGUUGUCAUAAUUACUGGGUUCGUGGCCCUCAUUCUCACUACAGAAUAUGAUGCAGAGGCCCUCCUCUCCAAAGGGAAGUUGGAUGGGAAUACUGCCAUACGUGUCAGCUCGUGAUCAAUGAACUCAGUCCAUUCAAUCACUAAAGGAACUAACCUGAACUACUGAAGAAAAAGUGGGGAUACAACGACACAGACAUCUCUUUGCGGAUAUGGCGGCGACAGAUGCAUGUUCAGCGCCUGUACAGGAAGACGGCACCACCACCGAGACUAAAAAAGAGGUGGAGCCCAAAAUCUCAGAGACUGUCCCAGAGGCUGUCACGGAGGCUGUCACGUCUCCACCCGAAGAGGCACAUCCAGCCGGGGAGACCAAACAGAGCACAGAGCAGCCGGCCGAUGGCAAAGCUAAACAGGCCUCUGAGAAUAUUUUCUCUUCCUUUCUGAAUAAGAGUGGGCUGGGAAAAGUCAUGGGAGGGAAGAAGAAGAAGGAGCAGAGCACUGAGGCUGUGGAGGCUAAUGGAGAGGGCAACACAGAGCAGAAAAAGGCCUCUGACCAAGCAGAGGAGCCGGCAGCCAAUGGCACAGAGGCAACGGCUGAGGACCAGGCCAUUGAGAAAGCUCCGGAGAACCAGGUGAAGGUCCGAUCCAAAUCCUUGGACAGGUUAGAGGACCCUGGGGCCCUCAAUGCCACACUGGAAGAUGCCCCGGCAGCAGAAGGAUCAGAGAAGCCUGCGUCUAGUGCAGCGACCAAACACAUUAAACGCUGGCAUUCCUUUAAGAAGCUUAUGGCCCAGAAGAGUCACAAGAAGAGCACAGAAGAGUCUAAGGAGGCUGAAGGUAGCGAGGGUGCAUCUGGGGGCACGCCUGGUGACUCUAGUACACUGGACUCCAAGGCUUCAGAAUCCAGUGGCCAGAAACGGUGGAAACUGAAAAGGUCAUGGACAUUCCAGGGACUGAAAAGAGACCCGUCAGUCGUAGGCAUCAGCAAAGCCACUACGGGUGAGAAGGCGGAAGUUGAGGAAAAUGCCACAGAGAACGAUGAAGCGGCUGCGCCUGAAACAGACGAAGCCAAGGGGCAGGUAGACGGUGAAACACAGAAGACAAACACAGACAGAGAGGAGGAAAAGGGAGCCACCGCCGCCCCACACAAAUCAAUGAACCAACACGCAGAUGACAUUUGGACCUCCUUCAAGAAACGCGUGAUCCCCAAGUCCAAGCGGUCAGCAGACACGGUGGCUGCCAGCGGGGAGGAGGAAGGUGCUGCCGCAUCUGAACCGGCCGAGCAGAUGGAAGAGGCAGGCAAAGAGCAGGCCAAGUCGGCCAAGGCCAAGCGAACACAUUUUAACCGUGCCGUUUCGCUGAAAAACUUCAUCAUGCGAAAGGGGAAGAGCACCAGCGUGGAGCAGGGAGACGGAGCUCCGAAGGAGGGUAAGGAGGCGGCAGAUGGGGAGGCGAAAGACACAGAGGACGAGGCUGCCCCAGCUGGCACGUCUGACAGUCAGCAGGCGGCAGACGGGGAGGCGAACGACACAGAGGACGCGGCUGCCCCGGCUGGCACGUCUGACAGUCAGCAGGGAGAAGCUGACGCUGCCCAGGGCGAGAGCAACGACAAAGGAGAGGCUCAGGUGGCCAAUGAGCACACAGUCGCCGAUGGAGAGGCAAAGGAGCUCGCAACGAGCACACCGUCUGGUCCUGAGCCAGAGAAGGCCAACUCAGCUGAGCCUGCAGCACCGGCAGAGCCUGCGGCAGAAGUGAAAACCAACUGUGAGAAUGGUUGCUCGAACGGCACGCCCGAAGAAGAAGCCACACACAAUCAUGAAAUGACCCUGAAAAAGGACGGACCAACAGACGAGGCCAAACAAGAAAACACCAACUCGUCGAUGGACACCAAGAUCCUGAACCUCGGCACAGGAAAUGCAGUAGCCCAAAGCGAAAAAAAGGCGGGAAACGUGUGACGACACACAAAGAGGAUUAGAUCUGCAUGGGAUUCGUUCAGCGAGGAGCUUUGAUCACCCCCCCUCCCUCCCUCCCUCCCUCCCCCCAAAACCGGAAUAAUCACAUGUUUACGCCACAAUUCACCAUGGUGAGAGCGAUGCAAUCCAUAUAGAUGAAAAAAAAUACUCCAAAGCAAUAAUUCAGUCAUCAAUCAGUGCAGUUCUUGCUUACCAUUCCAUUAUCGAUGUAAAUGUUUUGCUUGUCCUCUACUAGUGAGAUUUUAUAUUGUCAAAAAAAAAGGAAAACGUUACAUCCUUGUCAAAUGUUCAUCUCUAUGAUCUCUCAUUCCAGAAGAAGAAAAAAAGACUUAGUUUUAUAUCAAUUGCCAUUUUAUUUGUAGUUUUGUCAAUAGAUAUUUCAAAGUGCACCCGAGAACACAUUUGAAAUGAUUGCCCCCCAAUGUGGAUUAAUGAAGUAAUGUGUUCUAAUCUCUUUCUGUGUUGUUUUUAGACUGUUGUGUACAUGAAUAAACCACCAUAAAAUAUUAAGUCAAAAA